AUGGCUGUGUCCUGUGGUGAUUCCCAGAUAGUGACUGGGAGCUCGGAGGGAGAUGUGGAGGAGGGUAACAAAGACGACAAAGAUAACAGCCAGGAAAACAGACAGGAGGUUUCAGAUGAAAACAAUGGAAUCGGUAAGCCGGAAGCCAAUCAGGAAGUCGAGGCCAAUGGUGAGGGUAACAAAGUUCUGGAAAAAGCCCUAAAAGUGGCGAGGCGUCUGGGAAGUCGUGAAGACCCGGUAGUCCAGGGUCCAUCAGAUGUGAGUGGACCUCUCCUGGAUAUGUUCAUUGCAGUCAUCGAGAGUUGCGUACCCAUCCGAAGUCAGCAGAUUGGGGAGCCAGAGUUCAGCCAUGAACAGAAGAUGUCCAUGCUGCUCGACCUGUACAAUUCCAAACCUUUGAUUUUUCUGGAGCGAUUCCGAAAACUUCUUAAAGAGGAACAUUUGCAGUGCUUCAGCCACCUGUCUGGUGAUUACUCUGCUGAUUUUUACUUCAAAGAGAUUCGCAAAGCUUCUCUGAAGAAAGUCCAUCACACAAGAGUCCGCAACAAAAGAUAUGCUGCUCUGCAACUGCUUAUUUCAGCUGGCGAGUAUUUCAGUGAUGAGGAAAUGCGACAACGUGACCCUCUAAUGUAUGAACACUAUGUGGGCCAAUACCAGAGCGAAGAGGAGAUCAUGUCACAGAAUAGUCGGGAUUUGUCUCAGGCCAACAGCCUGUCUGAUGUUUUUCUCAACUCCUGCCAGGAACAGAUCAUACAGAGGAAGCUGGAGGUGCAACGUGAAAUGGAGGAGAACUGCGAGGAGGAGGAGGAAGACAGCACAGAGGAGGAAGACUCUGAGCUGCAGACAGAUGAGGAGCGCAUUGUGGACAGUGAGGAGAAGGCUCUAAUGCAUGAAGAAUUCCUCAGCCGCAUGUACCAGAGCUUUUUGGAUGGAAAGGAUAAACAUUUUGACUACAGUGAAGUCGAUGACAAUCCCGAAUUUGAUAACUUGGAUAUUGUCACAAGAGAUGAAGAGGAACGGUAUUUUGAUGAUGACGAUGAUGAAGGUGUGGAAGAAAUGGAUGCAGAGGAUGAGCAAAGCGAGGAAGAACAGAGUAUGGGUAGCAAGGUGUGA